AUGGAGUGGGUCAACUUCGAGAUUGCCUGCUUCUCUAUUGUCACGUCGCUAUGGUUCUGCAGAGCGAGGACGUCUCUCGAACUGGCCAAGUCCCACAAGGUCAAGACCACGUUCAAGUCGAGAAACGGCGGGCAUGUGAUUAAGAACCUUGACGUCGAUAUACUUGGCCACCUCUUCCAUAAGUCGGCGGCCAUGGCAUCGCAGAGCUUCAACUGCUGCCCUACCAACAUGCUGGACAUGCCCCCAGCCGAGAAUGGGCAAGAGCUUGUUGUCAGGCUAUGUGACAAGGGCCUAGGUUAG